GACAGCUUAUGGCAUCGAAAUAUAGCAGACCACCAUAGUUGUCAUCGCCAACCUUGGAUUUUUCUGUCCCUUAAGUGUUUAUGUUUCUGUUUCCCCUUCUCUAUAAUUUCUCUUUCGUCCAGGUCUUUUUUACCUGGCACUUGCUUUGGAAUAUGGCAAUGGCUUCCACUUCUACUACUCGCUCUGAUGUGUAUGGGAAAGAACGCCUGCGUUGGACACAAGACCUACACGAUCGCUUCGUCGAAGCUGUUGAUCAACUCGGCGGCCCCGAUAGGGCAACACCAAAGGGUAUCUUAAAGGCCAUGGCCAUUCCUAGAUUGACCAUCUACCACGUCAAAAGCCAUUUGCAGAAGUACAGGCUCGCAAAAUUUAUUCCGGAAUCGACAAAUAGAGGCCAAUUUGAAAGGAAAAAUAUCUCAGAAAUACUUCCUAAUUUUAGCACAGCAUCGGCCGCUCAGCUCAAUGAAGCCUUGCAAAUGCAUAUGGAUACUGUACAAAGGCGACUGAGCGAUCAACUUGAGGUUCAGAAGAGCUUGAAGAGUAAAAUGGAAGCCCAACGAAGAUUUCUUGAGACAAUUGCAGAGGAAUAUCCUAAUACAAAACUCACCAAGCUUCGGUUCUCUUCCACAUCACUGCCUUCACUUUGUGAAGAUUCCGAGUCAAACGCAAAAGAUCAGAGUGAGUCUGAUGUAGAAGAAACUGACAAGAAAGAAACAACUAUACAGUCAGACCAACAAGGUUUCCGAUCUCUGAAGAGGCUUAGAAUGGAUGACCAAAUUGUGUUGCCACAUGGAGUAAUCAAAUUUCCAACAAUGAGUCCAGAGUUUUACAAUCAAAGCAUGGUUUUAUCAGCGGGUGCUGAUGAUGAUGAUCAUAUACCAUAUCCAGAGCAAGAUUUCAGCUUUUCUUGGAACAGCAAUAAUGUAGCAGCACAGCCUGCUCAUCGCUUGUGGUGUCAAGCUUUCUAUUAAUUAUUAGGUAAUUAAAAUAUUUAUUAAUUAAAUAAAAUAUACAUACAUAUAUAUAUAUAUAUGAAUUUUUUUUUUUUUUUUUUUUUAUUUUUUGUUUUGAGCGGGGGUUCAGUUUGAGUGUGCAUUAGAAAUUAUCAUUUUCCAAUAAUAUAUGCAUAAUAUAUAUACAUGGCCAGAACUUGUAUAGUGCCAUUUAUAUGAG